AUUUGUUUUUGUUGUAUAUAUUUUACCGAAUGCAGUAUUUAAUUCGUCUAAUUUUACUUAAACGAACAGAUUAGACUACAAAAACAAUAGCCUGGAACUGGACCCUAUUGCGCCUGCGCGGAGGCGGCUAAAUUUAAAAGACGAAGACGUUAGCAUAGAGGCUUUUGGACAUCGCAAACAGACUCAAGUGCCAAAAUAAAACUGAAAGUUUAAGAUGGAGCCAAAUGAACCAGCAAAGAACGAUGAGGGCAACCGAUUUUUCAGGCGACGGCUUUCCUCGAUAUUAAAAAUGCCACAGAAAACAGCCAUAGUCUGUGAGUCAGAGCAACAGGAAUACACGGUGGAAUUCACUAAACCAGUAGAAAAGAGAAAUCAAGAAGAGUCAGUUUUGCCCCUGCCAAUGAUGUUCUGCUUUUUUCAAAGGAUGUAAAAAGUACCUCUCCAGUACGAAGUCCUUUGCAAGAUUUAAUGCCAGCAACAGCUGCAGCCACAAACAGGAUUCAUGUACCAGUUACUGAAGAUGGGAUUCAGCCAAUAAUGGGAAUGGACACCCUUUUAAACGCUCCUCUACACGUUUCUCAACAAAGAGAUAGGGUCAACUUUGAUAUGAGGCAAGACUAUGGAGAAAAAACUACAGAUGACAUUUUCUUGGACAUGACCCAAAGUCACACUGUAAACAUUGCCAGUAAUGUUGAUGGUUUAACAAGCAGAGAGAGAGCACUAAUGAAAACUGCAGGCAGUGAAUUUAUGGGUGUAUGUGAAUCAGAAUCACAGCCCAGUGACAGAAACAUGGGUUUGAGUAGGGAGCAGGAAACCCAGUCCUCAUCAGUACCAGGUUUGGAUCAGGAAUUUCAAACCUUACUUGCAAGUUUCUCUAGAUCCUCUGCCCCCCCACAGACACAAAUUAAAGUGCAAACGAAUGAUGUGGGCAAGGAAAACAUGGUUUGUUUCCCAAAGUCUGCUUCAGUUAUGGACAAACCAUUUUUGCCCAGAAGGACUGGUCAACCAUUCUAUGAAAGUGCACUCUUCCCAGAAGAUGGUGUGAGCAGAGAUGUUCCUGAAGACUGCGUUCAGGCAUCCUCAGUUGAUGAUUAUGACUUUUUCCAGAGUCUUUUUCCAACACAAAGAAUCUUCUCUGAAAAAAGAAUUUCCCAGACAUUUGAGAUAAAAUCCAAACAGCAGCAGAGUAGUAAAGCACUUAGCUCAUCUGAUCCCAAAGAUAUGACAUCCAUGAAGAAUUUUGUUCUACAUGUUUCUCAUCAGAAAGACAAGAAGUCUGAGGCUGGAACUGAUUGGAGACAGAGAACAAUCCAGUUCUCUGCAACGGAUGCAGCAAUGGAUAUGACCGAAGUUCACACUGUCAACAUUGACAUUCCUUUCAUUGAAGAGAAACAACAAAAUGUGAACCCAUCACCUGCAGGUGGAGAGAAAACUGUCCGUUUCUCUGCAUUGGACGCAGCCAUGGAUAUGACCGAAGUUCACCCUGUCAACUUUGAUACUGCUUUCAACCCAGAGAAACAACUAAAUAAGAACCAAUCACCUGCUGGUGGAGAGAAAACUGUCCGGUUCUCUGCAUUGGACGCAGCCAUGGAUAUGACUGAAGUUCAUCCUGUCAACAUUGACAUUCCUUUUAACGAAGAGAAACAACAAAAUGUGAACCCUUCACCUGCUGGUGGAGAGAAAACAGUCCGGUUCUCUGCAUUGGACGCAGCCAUGGAUAUGACCGAAGUUCACCCUGUCAACUUUGACACUGCUUUCAACCCAGAGAAACAACUAAAUAAGAACCAAUCACCUGCUGGUGGAGAGAAAACUGUCCAGUUCUCUGCAUUGGACGCAGCCAUGGAUAUGACUGAAGUUCAUCCUGUCAACAUUGACAUUCCUUUUAACGAAGAGAAACAACAAAAUGUGAACCCAUCACCUGCUGGUGGAGAGAAAACUGUCCAGUUCUCUGCAUUGGACGCAGCCAUGGAUAUGACCGAAGUUCACCCUGUCAACAUUGACAUUCCUUUCAAUGAAAAGAAACUACAAAAUGUGAACCCAUCACCUGCUGGUGGAGAGAAAACAGUCCGGUUCUCUGCAUUGGACGCAGCCAUGGAUAUGACUGAAGUUCAUCCUGUUAACAUUGACAUUUCUUUCAACGAAAAGAAACUACAAAAUGUGAACCCAUCACCUGCUGGUGGAGAGAAAACUGUCCGGUUUACUGCACUGGACGCAGACAUGGAUAUGACCGAAGUUCACCCUGUCAACAUUGACACUGCUUUCAACACACAGAAACAAGUAAAUAUGAACCCAUCACCUGCUGGUGGAGAGAAAACUGUCCAGUUCUCUGCAUUGGACGCAGCCAUGGAUAUGACCGAAGUUCACCCUGUCAACAUUGACACUGCUUUCAACCCACCGAAACAAGUAAAUAUGAACCCAUCACCUGCUGGUGGAGAGAAAACUGUCCAGUUCUCUGCAUUGGACGCAGCCAUGGAUAUGACCGAAGUUCACCCUGUCAACAUUGACACUGCUUUCAACACACAGAAACAAGUAAAUAUGAACCCAUCACCUGCUGGUGAAGCGAAAACUGUCCAGUUCUCUGCAUUGGACGCAGCCAUGGAUAUGACCGAAUUUCACCCUGUCAACAUUGACACUGCUUUCAACCCACAGAAACAAGUAAAUAUGAACCCAUCACCUGCUGGUGAAGCGAAAACUGUCCGAUUCUCUGCAAUAAAUGCUGCCAAGGAUGAGACCCAAGUUCACACUGUCAACUUUGACAUUGCUUUCAACCCACCGAAACAACUGAAUGUGAACCCAUCGCCUGCUGGUGGAGAGAAAACUGUUCGGUUUACUGCAUUGGACGCUGCCAUGGAUGUGACCCAGGUUCACACUGUCAAGAUUUCUGCAGUUUUUGACCCACAAAUACACCAAACAGUUUACCGUUUGCCUUCUCCUUUAGUUCCCAAGACGCACCAAAAUGAUGAUAAGAUAGCUUAUAGUGUAGACUCAGCUGAUCCAAUGAUGAAUGUAACAGAAGCUCACACUGGUCAUAUUAAAAGCCACCCAGUGCUGGAUACAGUUCAUCUAGAACAGGAUCCAAUCGGUAUAUUCACUCGCAGAAAGAUGGAUUUUCCUUUAACUAAUAAGAAGUCAAAUGCAACAGCUGCUUUUGCACAAUUUCUUCGAGAGGGUGUCGACACAAAUGCCAACGUGGACCAGCGUGAAGAACAGCAGUGUAAUGUGAAUACUGAAAAAAAAGGCCCAGGUUUUGCUCAAUGCACCACAGAGAAACCAGAAAAUGAAGCUUUGACACACUACCUAGCUGAUGAUGUAAGAAGGGAUAAAACUGUAGUGGAAACACACAGCAUUUUGGAACCAGCAUGCACAGAAGACCACUUCCAGUGUCUUCCUUCAAAACACGACUUGUACCCUACUUCUGAUCACUUAAUAGCAACUGAGGUUAAUAUGCUACAGAGCAACGGAGAACCAUCAUCUGAUGGGUUGGAAAUUCUGAACUAUUCAGAUUCUGUCCACUCAAAUGAAGCACCCAAGAAAACAAAUCAAAGUAGUCUUGUAUUGCAGACUGCUCGUGCACCCAGUGCUGCUGAACAGCAUAACAGCAAGUCACAUUUAGAGAAUUCUAGAUGGAAAGAUUUAACAGAUCUGCAGGUAAAAAUAAGACGUUUGAGCCACUUGGUAAAUGAAUCUCCUGGUACUUUUGUGGACAGUUGCACAGUCCCUGUCACCCAGAUGGAGUAUGAAGAGGACAAAACCUCCAUAGACAAAGCCACAUCCUUGCCUGUUGUAGAGCGUGAAAUGGAUGUAGAUGAUGUUGAAGACAGAACGCAGGCUCAGUGUCUUGAAGAGGAAGAACUAGCCUCAGCUGCUGUUACACCUUUCAACCUGAAGACUAAGCAGCUCAUGGCACGUCUGUCCGUUGGAGGAUUUAAACCAAAACUCCCUCAAAGAAGCAAAUCUGAUGACCCAAAGAAGGCGGAUUCUUCAGGAGCACACAUCAAGACCAUUACUGGCAGCGUUACAAGUCACCUUAGUAACUUUGACCAUGAUGUGAGUAAUAUUUUUGAUGAAGAGCUCGGCAGCUGUGACGAUAUGUCAGAAACGCUGGACACAAGUGCUCUUCAGCAAAUCAGUGACAAAGUGUGUAGCUCCCAGGAGCUUAACAUGGACCAACCUGUGGAGGACUGGGGACUUGAAUGGGAAUCUAUUAGUGCUCCACAUGUGCAAAAGAGACCUUUGCCAGAAGCUAAAAUUAACAUAGGGCAUGAGAAGAGAGUGAAAACUUUCCCUGAGGCGAGUUUUGACAACAGUGACCGGCUGCAGUCUGGAACGGAGGCACAGGCUUGUGUGCCGAAGAAUUAUGGUCAGGUUACUACAGCACCAACCGAGACUUCACAGACUGCUGAUUUCUCAAACAGCAGUCACACAGCCAGCAUCAGACGUGAAGCAACCUUCGAAUCCACUUUCAAACAUAGUAUAUUUGAAUCCCAGCUUGAAGACUAUGACAACAAUGUGAAGAGGAAAUUGGAUGAUGGCACCAUUACUAUGUCAGAGUUCUUCAAACUCUUCAACAUAGACUUUGUCAUCCAUAAUCCUCGACAAAGUGUUUUUCCUGCAACAGAUUUGUUGAAUACAGAUCGGACCCCCUUCGAUUUAUUGAAAGACAGGCAUAUCAACCUUCCUAAACAGCGGGUGUAUGAGGCGGAUGUCUUUAACCUGACAGAAAAGGUGGAAAGGAUGAAUAUGCGAACCCGUGACCUGAAAAAACCUCUGAAGCUGUUCAACAGAUCCUUAUGGGAAGAGAUGAGAGGCCUGUCAGAGGAAGAGCUCAAACUUUUUGGUGUAAAACUAAAAGAGAGGAACAACUACUUCAGAAAGUUGAGCAAAACUAAUUCUCAUGAAAUGAAGGAAGUCUUGUACUCAAACCUUCUGCAGGCUAACAUGGAGGAGCAACAGACCUUGAGAGGAACGAUUAAGAAAGCAGACGAAAUGAUAAAAAGCCUGGAUGACUGCAUUCAUGACUUGGAAGCAGAGCUUGCAGCAGUUGAAAAUGGCUCUGAUUGCAGACCUGGUCUGAGGUUUUAUGAGGAAGAACUGAAGAAAGUCACUGGAGCUUUGACUGAGAGUGAACGACAAGUGUCUGAACUGGAGAUGCAGAAGAAGCAGAAGUUAGAUGACCUCAACAGGGUGAAAGCUGAGGCCGAGAAACUGGAGGACAAUAUCUCGAUGCUGCACCUGAUAAAUGAAUGGAAGCUGGGAAAUAAGGGAGACAACUGCACAACCUACACCUUUCUCUUUGACACCAUGUACCUGAAUGUGCUCUAUGAGAAAUCUAAUGGACAAACUGCUGGUAAUGAGCAAGAGCAGAAAAUAUUAGACAUCACCUUCAAGUUUCUACUUGAUGAUGCAAAGUCGGAGUUCAACGCUCGGCUUGUUCACAAACUGCUCUCUCAGUAUAUUGAGGAACAACCUGCCUGGGUGACCAAGUAUCCAACACAUGGACAUGUCCCACAGCUGCUCCAUGAUCUUAGCCUGGUGGUGGGCCGCUGUCGUCUGCUGGGGGAAGAGCUGCGUCUUCUGCAAAUGUGGGGAAGUCUGAAGCUCGAUAUCCUGGACAUCAGCAGCGUAGACACUCAAGUGUGUAUUGUCUUCAGCAGUCUCAGGAGAUUCUCUAAGUUUGAGGUGGUCUUUUCCGUCUGUCUGGUCAACCGACUCUAUGUGCUUCAGCUGCAGAGCUUUACAAACACGCUUGGAGAUGCAACGAAACAGCAAGUGGAAGAGAUUGUGGCAUCAAUCAGUCCUGGCAAGAAACUUUUGACCAAGGUUGUCAAAAAGAUUCACGAGACCUUGCUCUGCUGAAGCACAAACAUUCCCAUUUCCAGCUUUAAGAUUUCUAUAACCGAUUUGUAUAGAUUUUUGCACAGUGUAAUUUUUCGUGUUGUAAUGGUUUAUUAUAGCAUUUUUGUCCUGUUAAUGCAUCUACACCUGUUAAAUACAAUUACUGAACCUUGUUGAUGUUUGACCUGAUGUUAGGGAACAUUUAGCUAACAAAAUUAAUAAUCAAAUCCUUUUCAAAUAUGGUUUCCUUUGAGUGCAGUGAUGAAUUUGCAGUUUAGACGCUGACCUCUAGAUGGUGAACAUGCACUGAGCUUCUAGUGCUCUGCUUCCUUACAGGUCUGUGAACAAACCCAGAUCUAAAACCUCAUUAGCUCUGAGUUUGAGACAUGCCUUAAAGACUUUGUACAUAUUUGACUGGUUGUUGUAGCUCUGUGCACAUGACAUGUAAAUAAUCCCAUAUUAUUUCAUUUAAUACUGAAAUGGCUAAUUGAUCUAAAUCAUUUUCUUUCGUCUUUCAGAUAUUUGAAUAAAUAAUUUGUCAUCUGCA